AUGCUCCACGCCACCUCGCCACCCGGCGCUCGCAACCUCUACCGCCCCAUGCUCUCCACCCAAAAGUCGAGCUCGUCGACCGACAUGCUGAGCAGCGCCGACCUCACGGCCCACUUUCGCGAGUACAUCCGCGUGCUCAACACUGGCGGCUGGGCCUCGCUCAGAUACUAUGUCGCCCCGCGCCUCCUGCACAACCAGCGUCCGUUCACCCUCGCCGGUUUCGCAAAGUUGCUCAGGCCCGGCUCGACCUUCACCACCGACAUGAUUGUCGCCGACAUUGGCAAGCGCACACUCGCGGCCCGCAUGGAGAUCGAGGUGCCGAACGGGGACGGCACGAUCAACGUCUUCAAGGAGCACGUCUUCUACCACUUUGACACCAACUGGAAGAUUGACGAGAUCUGGAGCGUCUUCAACAUGCCAGACGACCGGCGCGGCGGCAGCCGACCCUCCAAGGUCAUCUCUCGCGAAGACGACCGUGCAGCGUUCUAA